UUAUCAGUCUCAUAAGUGUCUUGCGACGAAAAAUCAUACAUUAACAUGAUAAGUAUAGUCCUUGCUUUUCUUUGUAUUGCAACGGCCACGCUGUCCAUUGAUCACUGCGCAGAUUCGUUGUGUCGUGGAACGAGGACGCAUAUUGCCUGCAAGAACACCGGAGCAUUUGGCGAAGCAUGUCCAAAUGAUGCCAAUAUCAUUGAAUUCACCAACGAAUUGAAGCAAUUAGUGUUGGAUACACACAAUAGCUAUCGAAAUAGAAUUGCAUGCGGCGAAGUUGAACGAUAUGGCAAAGCGGCUCGAAUGGCAACUCUCGUAUGGCAUGAUGAGCUAGCUAAAUUCGCUGAAUAUAAUGUUCGUCAGUGUGUUUUUGGUCAUGAUGAAUGUCGCAAUACGGAAAAAUUCUUGCAUGCUGGCCAAAAUUUGGGUCAAAUGCAGAAUAAUCAACUAUUUAUUGCGCCUGAAAAUAUCAUUAAAUUAUUGAGUGAAGGCUGGUUCAGUGAAAAAGCACAUGCAAACAUGAGCAUCAUUCAACAGUAUCUUAGAACAAACAAGAAGAUUGGUCAUUUCACACAAAUGGCUCGGGAUCAAGCGUACGCCAUUGGUUGUGCAAUGACGAAAGCCCCAAUUAGAAAACAGGUGAACAUGAGAAGUAUUAUCAUUGUUGGUCUUUGCAUUAUAACGGUCACACUCUCCAUUGAUUAUUGUUCAAAGUCGCUGUGUCGUGGAAAGAGAAAGAAUGCCAAACAUAUAGCUUGCGAAAAUGACGGGACAUUUGGCGAAGAAUGCACAAGUAAUGACAAUACUACUCUUAUUGUAUUUACUGAUCUAUUGAAACAAGUUGUGCUAAAUACACACAAUAGCUACCGAAACAAAAUUGCUUGCGGUAACGUUGAAGGCUAUAAUAAAGCAGCUCGAAUGGCAACGCUUGUAUGGAAUAAUGAGCUUGCAAAAUUCGCUGAAUAUAAUGUGCGUCGAUGCAUUUUUGAACAUGAUAAAUGUCGUAAUACAGACAAGCUCAUGUAUGUUGGUCAAAAUAUAGCUCGAACCAAAAAUAGUAAAAAAUUUCAAGCACCUGUGAAACUCAUGAAAAUUUUAAUGGGUGGAUGGUUCGGUGAGAACAAAGACACAAACAUGACUGUAAUAAAAAAACAUAAAAGAAUCGGAAAAAGGAUAGGUCAUUUCACACAAAUGGUUCGAGAUCAGGCGUAUCUAAUUGGUUGUGCAAUGAUCCAAUUUGAAUUGAAUAAUUGGUUUAUAACAAUCUUUGCAUGUAAUUAUUCAUUGAAUAAUAUUUUAAAUCAACCAAUAUAUGAUGCUUCGUCAGAGGCCGCAUCCGAAUGCCAAAGUGGAACAAAUGAGAAAUUUAAAUGCCUUUGCAGCACUAGUGAAGUUUACAACAAUAAAUUGUACUACAAGUAUUAAAAAUUUUAUUUA